AUGGGUGUCGAACCCUCUUCUUCCUCCUGCGUGUCUACGCAACUCGAAUGGGACACUCGCACUGUAUCCAAAGCCCGCACAUCGAUUUCAUGCUGCUCAGUCUCCUCAGUAGUCGCCAACGGUAUGGACGUGACUAUGCCUCCGGUAGGUGACCUUCUACCUUCAUGCUACUACAUCCCUAGUUUCAUCAAUCGCGCCGAGGAAGACCGAAUCAUCAAAGACAUUCGAAAGGUCCCUGAUUCACGCUGGACCGUUCUGACCCAUAGAAGACUUCUCUCUCUUCCCUCGACGCUCACCGGCCCUGCCCGUGACACUCUUCUUGACGCGCCGUUACCCUCCUACCUCGCCUCCGUCGUUGCUCGACUGAAAGAGAGUAGAUAUUUCACAGACUCUACGCAUCAACAGCCUAAUCACGUCCUUAUCAAUGAAUACAAACCUGGAGAGGGGAUUAUGCCACACGAAGAUGGACCGGCUUAUGCUCCCAUCACUGCCACUGUGAGUUUGGGCAGUCACACUGUUCUUGAGAUCUACAAGAAGAAUGAUGUGGGAGAGCGAGAGGCACAACCAUCGUGGCGCAUCUUGCAGGAACCGUGCAGUCUGCUGGUCACGACAGGACACAUGUACGCUCAGACACUACAUGGCAUUUCUGAAAUUACGGUCGAUGAGAACUUGAAUUCUGACCAUAUUGUGAAUUGGGAUCUGGUUGAAGAGAAGGGUGCAUACCAAUCUGGCAAAGCAGGUAGAGGAACAAGAAUCAGCCUGACAUUUCGAGACGUUACGAAGGUCGCAAAACUUGGGGGAGCCAUGAAAUUCAUGUCCAAGAGGUCUCUACUACAGAAGGGUCGUUCAUCUUGCUGGGUGCUCGCGGCUGGCCAAAUUCGGAGGUGCCGUCGACUACGCCGGGCACGGAAAGUCAAUGAUGGUAGAGGUGCAAUGACCGAGUACCAUAAACCUUUCACGGCGGCAGAGUUGCAAUCCCUCGACAUCGUCGCGAGGGUGACUGCAUGUCUAUCACUCGCAGGAUCCUCCUUCACCAUCAUCAGUUUCCUGAGCUACGCACCACUUCGUAAACCUGUCAAUCGACUCGCCUUUUCCAUAGCCAUUUCGAACGUCUUUGGCUGUUUGGCUUACAGCUGGGGGCGACAUCCUGUUGCUGCAGGAAGGCAUUCGGCAUGGUGCCAAACCCAGGGACUGUUCAUCACUUGGUUUGUGAUGACUGAUCCUCUCUUGGUCAUGGUGCUUGCAUUUAAUGUAUUCCUAACUGUCCGCACGAGUCGAAAUGCAAACCGACUAAAAACCAUCGACUUCUACGGCAUUUGCUUUGCAUUCGUUGCACCAGCUAUACCGGCAUUUGUCUUUCUGUGCUGGAGACCAGAUGGCAAGACUGUGUAUGGGGAUGCCACUUUAUGGUGCUGGAUUGCCCGGGAGAAGGACAUUCUUCGUCUGGUGGAAUUUUACAUUCCCGUAUGGGUUAUGAUCUUCACUUCGAUAUGUCUCUUUGCUUUGAGCGGCAAGCAAAUCCUCCAAGUCCGCAAGAAGCUCAAGAUUGCCAGCUGCAAAUUCGACUCUAGAGAGGCAGUCUGUUCGCCCGAGGCCAGAGAACGGCGAUUUUCGAUCUCCGCUCGCGCUUUCAUUUCGCGAACAUUCAGCACAGACUCACGAAUCCCGCCCUCGUUGUCUACCAACAGUUUCAAACCCGAAGUCGAGCAUGUGACCAUUGAGCGCGUUGUUCCCGUUCACUCACGCGAGGAACUGGAUCCAAAUGAUGUCUUGCCGAACAUGAUAAUGACGACGACCACGACCACAAUGGCAUCCACUUUGCCAAUCCUCGAUCCAUCAUCCUCAGAAAAGGGCCGAAGUCGAGCAAAGACUGCAUCAAGGUUUGACAAGAUACACUGGAAAUAUGCCAAAUUCGCCUUUCUUUGCACGGUAGUUCUAUUCAUCACCUGGAUCCCCAUCAGCAUUAACAGAGUAUACAACAACUUCAUCAACCCAGACCAUCAGAUCUUCGGCCUCUACUUUGCGUCGGCACUAUGCAUGCCGCUUCACGGAUUCGGCAAUUUCGUGAUUUACACCACGACAAGCUGGACUGAGUGCCGGGACUUCAUCACGUGUUCCGGUCACCGGUCGUCGACAAGGAACUCUAGACGGUCGUCUCACGCUUGA